CUGGCCAACAGUAUUUGUUUUUGCGGUUCCAGUUUGGGCAUGAUGUCUUUACCGCCUCUGGUAAUGUAUCUCAUCCACGAAUACGGCUUGCAGGGAUCAUUCCUUAUCUACGGGGGAUUAUUGCUUAACUGCGCUGUCGGCGCGGCCGUUGUGAGGCCGAUUAAGGGAGCUUACUCUGAAGCAGCAGGCCCGGAAUCUAUUGAAACGGGAAAAAGUAAACGUGCAUGCACAGAGGCUCCUUCCGUGGUACAAAAGUUUCAAGCAGCUGGCAAAUCAGAGGGCAUAUCAGAAUAUCAAAGCCUGUUCAAAGACAAAAAAUGCCGUUCUCCUGACAUUUCUCAUUUGCCAAAUUCUCUUCCUGAAUCAUCGAUGUUAUCUGCUGAGGUUUAUGAACAGAAAUUAUCCAACACACAGACGAAUAGCAACAAUGCUAUUGACGAUGAACAAAUGUUCGAAAGAGCACAUUCCUCUGCGCAAACAAGGCACACUUCAAUGCCCAGUUCUUCAAAAAUGGCCAAGGAAUGGCUACAAAGUAAACGCCAGCCAAACAGAAAUAUUAACACGGUGACAAACUCACUGGAAGAACCAGACUUUGAAAAUUCCCACAGGAGAUGGUGUAGCAGUUAUGCGAGUUUGCACUGUGUGGAUGGGAGCAUGUACCUGUUCACUGACAGGGAAUGUCCGAUGGCUGAAGACUUGUCAUUUCAGAGAGGUCCUGAGAGCCUAUCAUCCACCAAACCCUCAAUCUGCGACUUUAUUCGUUCGAUUUUUGACUUUUCCUUAUUCCGUCAUGUCAGAUUUAUGCUGUUUUUGUUUUCCACCAGCUUUGCCAUGGUGUCGUUUGCCAAUGUAACCAUAUAUCUAAUUCCUCGUGCGGAAGAAUACGGAAUUGGUCGUGAUAAGGCUGCAUUAUUUCUGACAAUUGCAGGGGGAUGUGAUAUCAUUGGGCGUUUAAUUUUAGGGGUUGUCUCUGAUGUGAAGAAAAUUGGCCCACAUCGAGUUAUGAUGGUUGGUCUGCUCGUCAUGGGCAUUGCUACAUUGCUACUCCCUCUAGCGGUAACUUUUAACACUAUGACCGUUUACGUGGUACUUUUUGGUCUGAUUGGAAGCUCAGGUCACUUGCUGUGUUUACCGGUUGUGAUGAUGUUUGUGGGUGGGGAACGCAUGCCCCGGGCCAUGGGCCUUGUCAUGUCCUUCCAUGGAAUAGCUAGCGCUCUUUCUCCACCAAUCUUAGGUUUCAUCAAAGACCAGACAGGGACUUACGACAGCACACUGUACGUGUGUGGCGCGUGUCAGCUGAUAGCCAGCGGGCUGAUGAUGCUGGAACCUCUGGUGGGGUGGAUAAGGAGUCGAUACAAAUCGUAGACAGGGUGAAAACGGCACUGAGAUUGGAUAUAAAUUUAGAUGUGAAAAUAGACAUUGGUAUACCAACCGUCAACAAUUUACCAAAAUGUACGUUCUAUGUCGCAAGUCCCGACUCCCAAAACAGCGUUCAACACAAACCACUAAAGAACGGAAGAAGAAAAAAACAGUGAUGGUGGAGUUAUGGGAGGGUAAGACUGUGAAUAAGGCUACUCCAAACGGUAGACAGGGUAAGGCGGAAAACUGUGGUGAAGGAAGGGAGAC